AAUACAAUUAAUCCAUAAAACGCCCCGACCUCUGGCGUUUUCCAGCAGCCUGAAGUUCAGCAGAAAGGGCUUCCUUUCUUUCCCCAGAUUCGUCAUCUGAGCAACCUGCAGUUCAGCAGAACCCUGACCUCUGGUGUUCCGGUGCCCUUUUUGGAGGAACACUGAGAACUAAGAUUGGUGAAGAGGAUAGUAUGAAGUCAGAUGAAGCUUCAAAAAAAGCAUCACUCCGUCCGCUGGUGAAGUUUAAUAAGGCAUUCAAAUUGGCUGAACAAUGGGUUAAUAGUAUGAGUCAAUUGGAGGAUGAAAAAUUUGCUAAAGUAGAGGUUCGGCCUUCCAGGCUUGGGGUUGGUGCAGCAGUUGCCCGUGAAUCCAAAGUCGUUCAGUCAAAUGACCCGAUUGAAAGAAGAUUACGUGCUAAAUUGGAAUCUCAUAAGAAGAAAGUUGUCAAGAAUGCUGAGGAACCUGGAGGGCCUACACUGAAUGGAAAUUCUCAAGAAGAUAGUGACGACGAGGAACUAGGGAGCAAAACAAAAGCAUUUGUGAAAAAGAGGCCUGCUGAUUGGACUUUAUCUCUACAACAAGGAAAGAAAAAACUUAAGUAACUCUGUGGAUACAGUAGGACUGUCUGAAUCAGACCUUUAGUUUCCUCACACAUAUAUAGCUAAAAGGGGGUUCUAGGUUUAUUCCUGACUUUGGUUAUUUUAGUGCACAAGAUCCUUUUUCAUAGGUUGUGCAAAACUUCAAAUCAGUAUACGCCUGGGGAACUGCCUUUCAAGCCAACUGCAAGUGAAGAAUGCGAGCUUCCUGUUGUAGUAGAGGAGAGAAGCUAUAAGCUGGUCAUCUUUUUAAGUUGAUCCUAAUCAUUCUAUGAACUUGAACCGGAACCUGAGGCAGCGUGUCUGCAAUUACUGCUGGGAGGUCUAUUCUAUUUACUGUAGGUCCUUUAGUGGCUAAUCUACUUGCCCUUGUUAUGUUGCAGCUUCUCUUAAGGAGUCGCUUUUGGUCCUGUUGUUAAAAUUAAGAGAGAUAUGUUGAUACUUUUUUCAAGGUUUGACCAUCUUUGUUAAUCUUCGAAAGAACUUAUUAAAGAUUUUAGUGUCAAAAAAUUUCAAGUGUGAUCAUGUGUUUGGGUGAUUUAGAGACGUUCAUCUCAGUUGUAAGGCAGGUGAUUAGAAUCUAGAAUACGUUUGGAAACCAUUGUCAGCAGGGUGAAACUUGUUUCCUGAAUCCUGUGUAAUGAGACAAAGGAAAAGGAAAAGUUGAAUGUAAUACAUCGGUUGAUUUAUUA